UUGUUCUGCGCGGCACAAAGGAGCUGGGCGGAAACAGCCGAGAAACGACGCGGAAGGAACUGAGGAGACUAACACGCGGGUCUUGGGCGGAGGGAUACGUUUCUAUGGGAACGCCACGAUCUCUCCCGUAAACCUGAGGCCUUCCCCAUGCUGUCCCGCCCCCUCCUCUCCCGGUUUUCUACACCCUCCUUGUCUUCCUUCCCGUGUCCCUACCCUCUGCCUCCUUUCGUUUUCCCCAGUCUAGGGACCCUCAGCCUUAACAAUCUUAGUACGGAUGCAUUAGACCGGCCUAAGAAAGGCUGUACAAUUUAACCGCUGAUGUUGCAGCCGUCUCGCCUUUCUGCUGGGGGACCUGGCCUAGUCAGCUGUUCUGUGAUCUUUGGGGCUCAUCAGAGGUAAUCGAAGGUUUGGCCAUGGUGAAAAGUCCAUGAACCCCGCCAUUCUGAGUAGUGGUUUUUACACCAUAGACCUUGACGCACCCAGGGACUGGUGGUAAAGCCUCCUGUCCUGCACGCCCCCUCCAACUUCUUCUGAACCAGUCACCAGUUUGCACCACCACGGUCUGAGUUCUUGGAGUCUGAAAGACAAAGGAAUAGAGCUGUGGGGUCCCGCUCCCCGCUUCCCACUCCCCCCGUUAUAUUGAAAUCGUGACAAAACCCUGAAUGUUUAAAGCAUUUUGGCCAGUGACAAUUUGGAAAUUAUUUGCAUCUGAAGCUCAAACAACACCUCAGUCUGAGCUUUGUGUGGAAGAAGUGACCUCAAUCAGGAGAUCAGGAGCUACCCUCAUUACAACCACAUUACUCUACUUCCACUUCAGAUAUUUCUCAUCUGUAAGUGGGGAAACAAAUAUGUCACUUACUCUAAAUAAAAUAAAAAGUAAUCAGGAGGACAAGUUUGAAGAUGCCUGUGAAAGUAUCCCUGUGGCAACAACAAUGAAUCUACCAUCUUCCUUGGAAGAAUGUACCACUGGAUUGUAUUUAUUUCUAAAUAACAGAUUCUCAGAUGCAAUAAAUCUCAUUCAUCCAUGGUCUAAAAACAGCAUGUACCAUUCUCUAAUGUAUGGUAUCCUUAUGGUUGUCAAGGCCAUCCUGACUUUUGAGCCACAGGAUUUACAGAUUGGAAUGAUGGCUGCAAAGGAUGCUUUGAAAACCUGUGAUAAUUUCCGAAAAAAAACUAAAAUGACAUUGUCUCAUCUAGUAAGUAGACAGGGAAUAACGGCUAUCACAGAAGAGGAAUUGCAUGCAGAAGUCUGUUAUGCUGAGUGUUUGAUCUUGAAAUCCUUUAUGUCAUGUAUACAGGAUGAAAGCAUGCUUGCUUUUCUUAAAAGGGGGAUCGGUAUUGGGUUAAGUUACCAAAUAUACAAAGACUGUCAACAAGUGUUAACACAGAUACCUGACAACCAAAGCAAAGCCCACAAACACCUGGUUGGAGGUAUAAAAUUUGGACUUGGAGCAUUCAAUUUGAUGUUAUCACUUAUGCCACCAAGGACACUUAAACUACUCAAUAUUAUUGGAUAUUCUGGUGAUAGAGAAGUGGGCUUGGCUUUGCUUCAUGAGAGUGCAUCUGAAACGCAUAUAAAUAAUAUCUUAAGUCUUUUGACUCUACUGUUUUAUUACAAUUAUAUCUAUGUAGCUUUUGGUGUUGAAAAGGUUUGCAAUUCUGCUAUGGAGGAUCUCUUCCUAGUCUACCUCAAGAAAUUUCCGAACUGUGUCAUAUUUAAAUUUUUCCAUGCACGUUCUAGUAUGUUGAAAGGAGAUUUUGAAAAUGCACAGCUAAAAUUACAGGAGUGCAUUUUUACUCAGAAUGAAUGGAAGCAGGUUCAUCACCUCUGUUACUGGGAAUUCAUGUGGUGCCACAUUUUACUGCAGGAUUGGAGGCAAGCUUACCACUAUGCCAAUCUACUGUCUCAACACAGCAGAUGGUCCAAGGCAAUAUAUAUGUACAGUAAAGCUAUCAUCCUGGCUUUACUUCCUUCCGAUUUUGUGAAAUCAGUAAGUGAGGAUAUGAACUCUCUCUUCUUAAAAGUGGAAAGCCUGAAAAUUAAAUUUUUAGGCAGUGCUGUGCCAAUAGAGAAGUUUGUUGCAGAGAAGGGUCAGCGCUAUGGUACUACAAUAGGCUGGUUUACAGCCCAGCCCCUUCUGGAGUUCAUUUAUGCCUGGAGUGGUUUCCGAGUCAUGAGCAAAAACAAUGAGCUUAUUUCAAGCUGGCUAUCAAUAAUCGACAAAGGAGAAGAUCUUUUACAAGAAAAUCCACAUAAAGAGUAUGGCACAGAUGACAUAAGUUUAUUAAAUUUACUGAAAGGCCUAUGCCUGAAACACUUAGGCAAAUAUUCAAAGGCUGAGUAUUACUUUAAUCGUGUCAUUCAAAAGGAGAAAUUAUUAAAAUAUGACCACUAUUUGGUGCCAUAUACUUACUAUGAACUGGGAAUCUUACACUAUCUAAAAGGAGACUAUGCCAGAGCAACAAAAAACCUAGACAACGUAAGAAAUUACAAAGACUAUUCCAUGGAAGCCCGAUUACAGUUUAGGACUCACAUAGCACUUGAACAAAUAGCCAAAGAAAACAUGACUUAAACACAAAAUGUGGUUUUGUUUAGUGUAAGUGAAAUAUCUACAGUGAGCAAAUAAUUAACAGGUAGAAAAAUCAUAUCUUUGUGGAAAAAAAUCCAAGAGGCGGCUGCCAAGAAUCUGAUCAGUAACGAGAAAGGAACAGGCCAUGACUUUUCCCUCUUUCUUUCUCACACCUAUAAAAUGCGAUGUCUUAGAGGCAAAUGAGGUGAAGCACAUUCUUGAAAAAGAAAAGGCAAAUGAUGUACAUUUAAAAAAAUUCUCUCCUAUGUUAUAAAUUUGUCAAUUAUGUUAGAGAACAUUUUCAAAACCUCAAAAACAUUUUUAACAUCUCACUAGACAAUGUAUACAACUCACUAUGCUAGGGAUCCCAGUGCCCUAUACAUAUUUUUAUUUAAUUGUUUUUCUCUCGGCAUUAGUGCCAUCUUCUUGGAAACCUCUAUGCCAUGAGAACCAAGUGGAGGAAGACGUGAAUGCACAGGCUGAAGUGCAAAAGAAGAAAGAUGAGGCAGACGUCCAAGUUAACCAGUAGCUUGUGUACCCAGAAACAUGGAAUGCCAGAGGCUGGAGAUGCUGAUAAAAGUUGUUGGACUGCAUGCUGCUGUCUAAGUGGAUCUAGAGCUUCCAUCACCAUCUGAUCACGGAAACCACCUCUGAGACCCACCUUGCUUGUAACCAAAACAGCCCAUGAUGGUUCUUUGCCCUGGACCUGUUACAUUCUGGACUAUUUCUGUGUUCACUUGUGGCUGAGUAUAAAAAACAAGCAUACAAUAAAUCACCUCUUCUGCUGUCUUAGCGAAGAAUUAAAAAAUUUAAAAAAAGACAAGUUUCCAAACAGUGAUGCACUGAAUGGCACAGACUCUGAAUGAUUUUCCCUUAUACACAAUCAUUUUUAUUUGCUUUUUAUACCAGAGGGGCUUGUCCGCCCUGUGUGAUCAGUAGUAUUUCUUACCCUUUUUAGUAAGAAGCAGAAUGUGAGUUUAUAAUUUGCCACAGGAUAGAAAGAAAGCCCUCUCCUUAUUCUACACACACAUAAACUCUUUGAAGAUAACUGGGAGAGGCCAAGAGGAUAGAUGCACUGGCUGUCAGAGGAAGAGUUUUGUUACCAUGUAACCCUCCCUUUAGUUGUCCUCCCUAAGGUGUAAUUCUUAAUAAGACCAGCUCUUCAAUAUAAUUAAACCGAUUGCAUCUA